UCUAGUGGUGGCGGUCGGGCGGUGACCGGUCUAGGCGGGUUCCGCAGUUUGAAUGCACGUUGUGUCACCCCGGACAUGUCUCGGUUUGCUCGGGGAGACCGAGCUCCGAAUCCUCGGGCCGGUUUCCGGGACCAGAGGGAAAAGGAGCCGCCCGUUCCCCAGGGAUUGAUUAAGGCGGCUCGGAAGAGCGGGCAGCUGAACCUGUCUGGCAGAGGCCUUACCGAAGUUCCGGUGAGCGUCUGGCGGAUGAACGUGGACCCCCCGGAGGAGGCGCACGCCAACGUCGGCUUUGAUGGGACGGACCGAUGGUGGGAACAGACAGAGCUGACCAAGCUGAUCCUCGCCUCCAACAAACUGCAGUCCCUCUCUGAGGACAUUCGCCUGCUGCCCGCCAUGGUGGUGUUGGAUGUUCAUGACAAUCAGAUUUCGGAACUUCCCAGCGCGAUCGGGGAGCUGGUGAACCUUCAGAGGCUGAAUAUCAGUCACAAUAAGCUGAAGAGUCUUCCCGAAGAGCUAGCACAGCUACAGAACAUCAAGAAUCUUCUUCUCCAUCACAACCAAUUGGAGGAGGUACCGAACUCCCUGGGACAGCUGAUCGCUCUGGAGGAACUGGACUUCUCCAAUAACAACCUAAGGAGUGUCUCCAGCUGCCUUGGUGCCCUGACCAACCUCACCCGGCUCAACCUAUCCAACAACAAGCUGAAGGUCCUUCCUCCAGAGAUCAGCCGCAUGAAGAGUCUCCGUCAGCUGGACUGCACCUCCAACCUGCUGGAAGACAUCCCUCCUUCCCUGGCUGGUAUGGACUGCCUGGAGCAGCUGUUCCUGAGGCAGAACAAGCUGACCUUCCUGCCACAGCUGCCCAACUGCAAACUACUCAAAGAUCUGCAUGUUGGGAACAACCAGAUAAACACAGUGAGCGCCCAGCACCUGACGCACCUCACUUCCCUCUGUACCCUCGAGCUGCGGGAUAACAAGCUGAAGAGCUUACCGGAUGAGAUAACGCUGCUGACAGGACUGGAGAGGCUCGAUCUCGCCAAUAAUGACCUAGGCAGUUUGCCGAACACCCUGGGAAAUCUUCCGAAAUUGAAAUCCUUACAGCUGGAGGGUAAUCCGCUGAGAGGGAUUCGUAGGGAUGUACUGAAUAAAGGCACUCAGGAACUUCUAAAGUAUUUAAGAAGCAGAAUACAAGUUCCAGAUUCAAAGAAUGAAGAAAACACAAGUCCUGUGGUCACGGCUAUGACGCUCCCGAGCGACUCCCUGGUUAAUGCACAUGCAUUGUCUACACUGAAGACCUUGGAGUAUAGUAACAAGCAGGCCACCACCAUUCCAGAUGCCAUUUUCGAUGCUAUUGGCUCCUGCCCCGUCUCAACACUAAAUUUCAGCAAAAAUCAACUGGCCGAGGUUCCCCCAAGGAUCGUAGAAUUGAAAGAAUCUGUGUGCGACGCCAACCUGGGCUUCAAUAAAAUCCCAGCAAUCACCCUGAACCUGUGCAUGCUACUGAAAUUAAAACAUCUGGAUAUGAGGAAUAACUUUUUGUCUUCACUCCCUGAUGAGCUGGAAGCUUUGACACGACUACAAUCUAUCAUCCUUUCUUUUAACAGGUUUAAAACUUUCCCAGAGGUUCUGUACCGGAUUCCUACGAUAGAGACGAUUCUCAUUAGCACCAAUCAGAUUGGAUCCAUAGAUCCCGAGAAGCUGAUUAAACUGACCAAGCUGUCCACCCUGGACCUCCAGAACAAUGACCUCCUGCAGAUCCCGCCAGCCCUGGGGAACUGUGAGAACUUAAGAGCUCUCCAUCUGGAAGGAAACCCGUUCAGAACGCCGCGGGCGGCCAUAUUGGCCAAGGGAACAGCCGCUAUUCUGGAGUAUCUCCGGAGCCGCAUUGCCACUUGAUAGUGAAG